AUGUCACUGCCAACCCCUUUGUACAAACUGAGUGCCGUUCAGAAACAAUCUGUCUAUGAACCUGCCGAAGACACUUUUCUUCUUCUAGAUGCCAUUGAAAAGGAUUUACAGAAGCUCCGUGACAUUUCACCCGAAAUCGUGCUCGAAAUUGGUUGCGGUUCCGGUGUUGUAUCGGUGUUCUUGAAUAAGGCACUUGGUGGUAAUGUAACCUCCUUCGCUACCGACUACAACCCUGAUGCUCUUGAAUGUACAAAAGAAACGGGACGGCUCAACGAUGUGAAGAUUGAGGUUGUUCGUACUGAUCUCGACGAUGGGUUUGAUCAUCUUGAGAAUAAAGUGGAUAUACUACUGUUCAAUCCGCCUUAUGUACCGACAGAUGAAGAACCGAAAAACGACCUCGAGCGAUGCUGGGCCGGAGGCCCAAACGGUCGAGCAGCCUUGGACCGUUUUCUGCCUCGAGUCUCGCGACUUCUGUCUGACAAAGGCGUCUUCUAUUUGGUUGCAUUGCAUUCGAACGAUAUUCCUUCCCUGCUAUGUGCUUGUCCUGAUCUUCAAGGUGUUGUGACGAUGGAGCGACGAUGCGGCAUUGAACAUCUGUAUAUAAUUAAAUAUACUAGGAAAGAAUCAGCAUGA